AUGUUUUAUUUGAUCCCUGUGUCCUCAUGUAAUGGGAAGAUCAAUCAUAUUGAGAGCAAUGAGUGUCAGGCUUUUGAUGGGAUGCACCACGGUAAACCAGGCAUGGCUCUCCGUCACUGUGAACCCAGCGUUCUGCUGGGAAGGCUUUAUCCGGGGACACGGUCUCGGAGAGGUCGGGGAAGCGAUCAGAAAUGGAGAUUCAGCUGGAUUGCCGCUGUCCUUAACCUCUUGUUUUCAAUCGGUUCUGCAGCCAGCUGCUUCUCGACUCUUCUCAUUUCCCGCAAUGAUUGCCUCCUCAGCAGUGCUGUUGAGAAUCAAUGGGGAAUCGGAGCACAGCUGAGAAAAGAACCCUUAUUUGAGCCGUCGGUGGCAAACGAGCCAAAUCAGGCAAAAGAGCCAUCUGCUCCUGAACUGUACAGUAAAGUGCUGAAUGCUGAUUUGAGGCAUUAUCUUAGUCUGCAGUUCCAAAAAGGAUCAAUCGACCACAAACUGCAGCAAGUGAUUCGAGACAACCUGUACCUGCGCACUAUUCCAUGUACCACCCGGCUGCCCAGAGAUGGGGAGGUUCCAGGAGUGGACUAUAAUUUCAUCAGCGUGGGGGAUUUUCGGAUCCUUGAAGAGAGUGGAUUACUGCUGGAGAGCGGAACAUAUGAUGGGAACUUCUAUGGCACUCCCAAACCCCCUGCGGAGCCCAACUUGGUUCAGCCUGACCUGGUUGACCAGGUUUUGUUUGAGGAGGAUUAUGGCACCGAAGUCCAACGAAAGCGAACAACCUCUGUCAGCAAGAUGGACCGCAAGGACAGCGUGGUCCCUGAGGAAGAAGAGGAUGAGGAGCGGCCGCAGCUCCCAAACGGCAUUCCAGAGAGGACAGAGGAGUGGAGGAAAGCUGUGCCCAGCUACACUCAGUCCAGUGGUGGAGGCAGCUCAGGUGGCAGCGGGACACUGGAAGUCCGCACCUGGAGCUCUUUAGCCAGAGACGAAAGCCUGGAGCCCCUGCCGUACAACUGGGAAAUGGCCUACACGGAGACAGGAAUGGUCUACUUUAUAGACCACAACACAAAAUCGACUACGUGGUUAGACCCUCGUCUGGUCAAAAAAGCCAAGCCCCCUGAAAAGUGUGAGGAUGGAGAACUUCCAUAUGGUUGGGAGGAGAUUGAUGACCCGCAGUACGGCACAUACUACGUUGAUCACAUAAACCAGAGAACCCAGUUUGAAAAUCCGGUUCUAGAGGCCAAGAGGAAACUCGGUUUGGACACUGCAGUCGCAACUCAGACCCAACAGAGGGCAGCACCUCCUCCAGGUGGAGCGGCUGGUACGCCCGGGUUCACGCGGGACCCGACCCAGCUGAAGGGGGAGCUGUAUCACUCGGCUCUCAGAAAGAGCCAGCAGGGCUUUGGUUUCACCAUCAUUGGUGGAGACCGACCUGAUGAGUUUCUGCAGGUGAAGAAUGUUCUUGCUGAUGGCCCGGCCGCCCAGGACAACAAGAUGGCCUCUGGUGAUGUAAUUGUGGAAAUCAACGGCACACUUGUCUUGGGCAAGACCCAUGCCGAUGUGGUCCACAUGUUCCAGUGCAUCCCAAUUAAUCAGUAUGUUGACAUGGUCCUCUGUCGUGGAUACUCGCUUCCCCCCGACGUGGAUGCAGACAGUGAAGACCUUCCCCCUCCACCUCCACCUCCAUCAGGAGAGAUCGUAACCGCCGUACCCCUCAUCAACGGCCAGCCUCUGCUGGUCAAAGGUGACGCCCUUCACGGUUCCUCCCAGGAGCUUCACUACGUAACCACAGAUGCCAGUGGGCGGCAGGUGGUCGCUGCUCUUCCAGGAGGCAGCAGCAGCAGUGCAGAGACGGGGAUGCUGCAGCCGGAGCUGGUGAGCGUGCCAAUCGUGAAGGGACCUGGAGGAUUUGGCUUCGCCAUUGCAGACUGUCCUCUGGGGCAGAAGGUGAAAAUGAUCCUGGAUGAGCAGUGGUGCCGAGGCCUGUUGAAAGGAGACGUGAUAAAAGAGAUUAACAGGCAGAACGUGCAAACGCUGAGUCAUGCCCAGGUGGUGGAUAUACUGAAGGACCUCCCGGUGGGCAGCGAGGUGAAUCUGUUAGUGUUGAGAGGAGGUCAGACGUCGCCUGUGAAGAGUUUAAGACCUAGACCGGGGUUGAGUGCCAGCACUGAGACUCUGGACCGUUGCCAUGACAUCAUGGUUCCCCAGGCUUUGACCUAUCACUCAAACACACUGCCAUGCAGCUCUCCAAAACAAGACGCUUCCCUCCACUACAGCAAACCCAAAGCCUUGCCGGAGAGCAUAGCACCUCACUAUAAAGAGUUGGACGUGUUCAUCAAGAGAGAUCAGGAGACAGGUUUUGGCUUCCGUGUGCUUGGAGGAGAAGGAGCAGAACAACCAGUCUACAUUGGUGCCAUCAUUCCCCAGGGGGCGGCAGAGAAGGAAGGGCGUCUGAGGGCUGGAGACGAGCUCAUUGGUAUCGAUGGCAUCACUGUGAAGGGGAAAUCUCACAAACAAGUUCUGGAUCUGAUGACUAACGCAGCACGAAAUGGACAAGUGCUGCUUUCAGUGCGCAGGAAGGUCAUUUACAGAGAUGCCCUGGAGGAUGUUGGGAGCGGAGCGUUGACCCUUGUGAAUGGCUCACCUCGGCUUCCACGGAUCCAGGUGCCAAGCAUCAAGGACCAGGGGUCGUUUGAUAUCACGCUCCAUCGUAAAGAUAACGAGGGCUUUGGCUUUGUCAUUCUCACAUCGAAGAGCAAACCGCCACCUGGAGUGAUUCCUCAUAAGAUCGGUCGAAUAAUCGAGGGCAGUCCGACUGACCGCUGCGGACUGCUGAAUGUGGGUGACCGCAUUUCCGCUGUGAACAGCCAGUCCAUUGUGGAGCUCUCUCACAACGACAUUGUUCAGCUCAUCAAAGACGCGGGGAGCUCCGUCACACUCACCGUGGUUCCUGAGGAUGAGUACAAAGGCCCGCCCUCAGGAGCCAGCUCAGCCAAACAAAGUCCAGCACCGCAGCACAAGUUUCUCAAAUCCACUCAGGAUGAGAGAUAUAAUUUGGAUAUGGAUGAGAUCAGGGAUGAGCUCAUACGGACAGAGUAUAAAGCUCUUCCCAUGAGUGAACAGGGAGCGCUGUGUGUUGCCAACUCCAAACAGGGCUGUAUUGCAGUAGAGUUGGAGCGUGGACCUCGUGGUUUUGGCUUCAGUCUGAGAGGAGGAACGGAGUAUAACAUGGGCCUCUACAUCCUGCGGCUGGCUGAGGACGGCCCUGCUCUCCAGGACAGCAGGAUACAUGUAGGAGAUCAGGUAGUGGAGAUCAAUGGAGAACAAACGCAAGGCAUUAGUCACACCAGAGCCAUUGAGCUGAUCCAAGCUGGAGGAAACAAAGUGCUACUGUUACUGCGACCGCAAGCCCUCUUAUCAGAGAACAGUUCUGCAGAAGAUGUUAUCCUUCCUGAGCCACUGGGAUCCAACACUUUCAGCAUUCCUCUCAGUUAUCCUCUCCUUCAUCUGCCAUCCACCACAGCGAAGAAGGAAACGUCAGACCUGAUGAACUCCUUUGCCCGUUCUCACGGCUCCUCGGAUCUGGCCUGUGAGGAACCUCGCUCUAAAGACAGCAAGAGGGAGAAGCGUGCCAAACCACCAAACACCAGCUCUUCCAGAGUCCCGCAGCAACGGCGCAUCAAGAGUCAGUCUGCGGAGAAUCUCCUUGAUCUCGGAGAUGCAAUGAAAUCCAAAAGCCCAUCCAAAGACAAAGCUUGCAGCCACAAAGAAAAUCAGCAACAGAGCGCUCGAGACUCCCACAAGAACAGAAAGUCCUGCCAACAUAGUCGCUCAGUCAGUCCCCAGAAGUCAAAGCGUGAAGGACAGCAAGUGGUAAUUGGCGAAGCGCAGGGACGGAAAGAGGAACACCGCGUGAAAGGGACGGUGAGGGUGGACCAGAAGAAAACUGACGCUGAAAGAAGGAAAAAACAAGAAUCUAGAGGAAGGAAACAUAAUGAGACCCAAGAAGGGGAGGGGAAGUGGAGAGCUGAGAAAAUAGUGAUAAACAAUGGAGAGGAUGAAGUGCUUGAGCCAAAAGCGAAAUCGGAGCUCAAAAGCACCCGAAAGAAGAAAAAACUGAGAGAUAGAGACGUGCGAAAUGAGGACACCCACAUAUUGAGCAGAGAAGGAGACAAGAGGAGCAGACAAACAAAGGAUAAGGGGGAUCAUACGGAAGUAAACAGGAAGGAAAUGAUUACAGAUAAGAACGAAAGCAAAAGAAAAGGAAAUGAGAGCGAAGACACCACGGAUGGGGUUCCAGUCACCACCAGGGCGAAUCUAGUAUUAGACCACCCUGGUCCCUUGAGCGACGGCCUUUGGAAGAUCCCUAGUUUUGCUCGUAUCCUCACGCACGAGGAAGCAAUGCGAGAUGUUUGCGAAUAGUUUGGCGAUCCUUGGGAAUAGAAGGUUUAAGGCCAGAAACAAACAGUACGCAAGUACGUGAAUGCAAACGCUUCUAGCUGCUAUUUCACACAGUUCAUCAUCACAAUUCAUCAUGUAUUGCAAGUUGCAUUCUCAACAUUUCAGCACAAACUGUCGAUGUGUUAUUUAAGCUAGCUAUAAACAUCACAUCUGGUUUAUUGGCACAGACAUUUGAAGAAAACUAGGGCCUUCUUGAGUAAAAGACUAAGCAUCUUCAAGGGAUACUCAAAGUACUCAAGGGGCUGAUUAAGAUUUAUUUACAUCGCCUAGCCAAACUUCUCCUAACAAGUUCCUUAUGCUGUAAAAAAAAAAAGUUGAGUUUAAUUAUAUUAAAUUUAUGGAGAAGUGUAUACAGCAUAUAAUACAUUCUACUGCAUAAACUAAAAAUAAAACUGUCUGUUACUUGUGAAUUGUAGCUUGCAAAUAAGCCAAUGUUGCUCCAAACCUUUAUUUUCUUCUGUGGAGCACAAAAGAAGAUAUUUUGUAGAAUAUUGGUAACCAAAUGGCUUUACCCCCAUAGACUUCCAUAGCAUGGACAACAAAUACUAUUGAAAUCAAUCAGUGGGACUUGAAACUGGUUGGUUUGCAAGAUUUCUUCAAAAUAUUUUCUUUCGUGGACUUAAUCGUUUUGGGUCCCAUUGACUUCCAUAAUAUGGACAACAAACACUAUAGAAGUCAAUGAGACCUAAAACAGCUUGGUUGCCAGAUUUGUUCAAAUUAUCUUCUUCUAUAGACUAAACAUUUUGGGUUCCAUUAAUGUCCAUAGUAUGGACAACAAACACUAUAGACGUCAAUGGAACCUGAAACUGUUUGGUUACCAAAUUUCUUUAAAAAUAUUGUCAUUUAUACCCUAAACCAGGGGUGUCAAACUCAGUUCCUGGAGGGCCGGAGCUCUGCAGAGUUUAGAUGCAACGCUAAUUAAACACACCUGAUCCAACUAAUAAAGUCCUUCAGGCUAAUUUGAAAGCUAAAUGGUAUGUGUGUUGGAACAGGGUUAUAACUAAACUCUCCAGGGCUGCGGCCCUCCAGGAACUGAGUUUGACUGGUCCCAUUGACUUCCAUAGUAUAGACAACAAAUACCAUGGAAGUCAAUGGGACCUGAAACUGUUUGGAUACCAAAUUUCUAAAGAAUAUCUUCUUCUACAGUGCAACGAAAUGGAUCAGUUGUUCACAAUAAGCUCAAUAAUAUGCAUUUAGAAAGUAAAUGCCAACUUUAAACCAGGUUGUUUAUUAAUUAGAUAGGUAGCUAAAAAUAAGUCGACAUCUUAGAAGCACAGACAUCUCAAGGUCAUAACUUUAUCGCGCGACUGAAUAGAGAGGUUUGAAACCACUACAAUAACACAAAGCAUGUAUAUUCAGUGCAUUCACAUGCUUGUUCACGUACUUUCCAAGAGUAUGUUUUUGGCCUUGCACCUUGUUUUUCUCCAUGUGGCUUCAGAGCGUAUUAAGUGAACAAUGUUCAUGUGCUUCUCUUUGGACAGUGGUCAGCAUGAGCUUCUCGUUCAGAUUAUUUAAAUAAAAAGCACUCACAAACAGACUGAUUAGACAUGAAGUUUCAUCUAAAAUGCUUUAUGGAGAUCAUUGCUUAAUCGCCUUGGACAGGCAAUUUCUGAGGCUUUGUGGUCGAGCUCAUGGAUUCCCGUUUUGUCCGGACAGCCUCUUUUAAAUUGCUUCUUGCCAGCUGAUAUUAAACAACAUGAGGACUCUGUCAACAUCACAAUGCAACCCUUCCUUAUGCAAUUUAACAGAACACGGCCCAUUAAUCACCAAAAACAACAAUGCAAGUUUAUGUUUCGGUUAAAAACAACACGUCUUUACCCCAAAGAAUCAUUUUUUUUCCACUGCAUGCAAACUUCUUGUUUUGUUGCAUGCGUUUUAGACCCGUGCAGUUUAUCUCUUAACAUUUUCAAAUGGUGUAAAUAAGAACUGUCUUGAAGA